GAGUAGACAAAAUAAAAGGGAGGUGACGGAAAUGGGGUGGUUCUACGUAAAAUACUACGUAUGACAUAAUACUGUGUAUAUAUAUAUAUAUUUGUGUGUGUGUCGUGUGAAUUACAAUGCCAAAAUAUAAGUACAUGCUGUGCGUAUAUGUGUGUCUAUGAGCGGAUGUUUAUAGCAAUGUGAAUAUCUGAGCAUGUGUGUAUCAACACGUACGAAUCUCUGAGUGGCCAGAUCGGUCGGUGAAUAUUUUGUUGAACAAUGAACAAAACGUAAGAGGCGAAACAGACAGAGACACCUCGAGAGAUCAGCGGACAUCAAAUGGUGGAUAAUGGAUUUAAGCUGCAGCUUCGGAUAUCGCGGUUCUCACCAGUUUGAAGAAAAUAUCCUGUACCUUGAAAUUAAAAAUGUUCCUGCGAAUAGUACAAGAAGCAAAAACGAAGAAUAUUAAUUAUAGGAACAUCUUUGAAAACAUUAACUAAGCACAAUGAAUCCAAUUGUUCUUUGCAAAAUUAUUGUACUCAUCAUUGUAUUUUUAUCGACCAUAACUGCUGGUUUGUUACCGUUUGUUAUGCUGAAAUUCUUGAAACGAAAAGGAGAAGAACAUUCUCCAUCAUUUAAUAACGCAAAGAUAAAAAUGAUUCUCAGUUGCUUGAAUACGUUUAGUGGAGGUGUCUUUUUAAGUGCUUGCUUCAUUCAUCUGCUCCCUGAGGUGCGCAAACACAUGCAGAAAAUACUGCUGACGUUGAAUAUCAAAACGAAUUUUCCAGCAACGGAAUUUAUAACUAUAUUUGGCUUUUUCAUUAUUAUAAUGAUGGAACAAUACGUUUCACUUUGCUUUAGAAAGAAUGAUAAACACUCAAAAAACAAUCAGGAUCUCGAUGAAAGCGAAACUGGAUCUGGAAGCAGAACAAACGGAAAAAAAACAGCCUUAUACCUACCCGUAGAAGAAUCGGAUGACACGAAUCGACUUGUUUCUCGUCGACUUUCCGUUUCUAGUGUUCAUUCUGUAGAAUCCAUGAGAAGUGAAAUUCUCAAGCGGGUAGAUGUGGACACGCACAAUCAUGUGCAUUUCUCAAACGAAGAGAAAGAAUCUAGUUUACGUUCAGUACUGUUGUUACUGGCCUUGUCACUUCAUACAAUUUUUGACGGAUUAACCGUCGGUUUGGAAAAGACAGUCAAUAACGUCUGGUCGAUGUUUACUGCAGUAAUUAUUCAUAAAAUAUUAAUUGGUUUCACACUUGGUCUCCAAAUGUUUGAAAAUGCUCAGUGGUCAGUGAGACGGACGAUUUUUCUAAUGUUUAUUUUCUCUGUGAUUUCCCCCAUAGGUAUUGUGAUAGGUAUUUUAAUAGAAGACCUAAAUGUUCAGAGCGUUUCUGAACACUUUGUGUCCGCACUCCUUAAAGCGUUGGCAACAGGUACGUUCAUGUACGUAACAUUUUUUGAGAUUCUGGGACGAGAGAUUUCUCAUGAUGCAACACCAUUACAAAUAUUAUUUGCUAUCAUCGGUUUUGGUAUGAUGACAGAACUUGCAUUUUUUGAUUAAGUUCAAGCAAUCAAGGACAUGGUGACGUAAUAUGAAACAAAAGCACUCAAAGAACGCAAACCUUCGUCAAAGCAACACCAACGUCCUCUCAACGAUUAACUGGAGAUGACAUUUAAAAUGAAAAUAUCUGAAAUAACAUCGAAUGCUCUCACAAACGAGAAUACUAAAAAUGAAUCCGACUGCUCUCAAAUAUUAAGUGAAAGGACAGGAAAAAUAAUCCAGAAUCCCUGUCCGGUACGGAUCGAUCCCAACAUCUAAUCGCUUGGUGCCAGUCACGAGGCCAAACAUCCCUGAAAGUUUUAUCCGAAUCCAUCCAGCAGUUCCUGAGAUAUCUUGUCCACGGACAGACAAACAAACAAACACGACAGAAACAAUGCCUCCGCCGUAAAUAAGGGGGAGGUAAUAACUACUUUUCCACUGAUGGAUUAGUUUAUUUUUAGAAUCGGACAAAAUACUUGCAAGAUUUAUUUCGGUUUCUUACGUUACAUUUUCAUAUACUGAGAACGUCAAAUUCACGUUUCGUCAUUCCGGGAUUCAUAAACUGUUGUCAAGUAUUUUCACUGGAUUAAUGCAUCAUACACCAGUCUUCCAAUUCCAAUGUCUGUAGAUGUGUAAAAAGCAAUUAUUUAAUAAUUAUUAUUCAACGGUCUUAGUUUUGAGCGCUUUCACAAAUGAACAUAACUCUGUCUUUGGUACAACAUUCAUAUACAUAUUUACACACAUAGACACGCGCGCGUGUGUGUGUGUGUGUGUGUGUGUGUGUGUGUGUGUGUGUGUCUAUGUGUGCAAGAUAUAAUAAUCAGAUUAAAGUAUCAAGCAGAACCCACUGUAAGCAUUCUAAUCGAGGACUAGGCUGCCAGGUGCCAAAUAUAAUGAAUUCCAAAGUAAGAUAAGU